ACACUUACAGGAAAUGUAACAAAUGUGUAGGCCUACCGUGGCUGUUUAAAAUAGUGAAACAAAUGUAUUUGGAGGAAGAGAGUGAGCACCCAUAGAAACAUAUGAGACUAAACAUGAAGAUUUUUGGAAUCUGGCUACUACUUAUCAUCUCUCUCCAAGGAAACGAAGCUUCCUUCAGUCCCACUGUCACCUGUCUGGUCAUGAACCUGGAUUAUGUCAACUGUAGCUGGAGUGAAUGGGGGAGCCCAGAGGUGAACUCCACCUUCUUCCACAACAGGUUCAUCACACAAUAUGAGCAUAUGGAGGAAUGCUCCACAUAUCUCCAGGAGAAAGGUUAUACUGUGGGAUGUAGACUGGAGUAUGAAACCAGUGACAGGUUUAGGACUCUGAAAACCAGGCUGGUUUAUCAGAACAAGACAUUUGAGCAGAAACAUGACCUCAAAGAUAAGGUGAAGCUUUACCCUCCUACCAACCUCUCAUUGGUGAUGAGCGAAGGCCCACAGCUGAAUCUGUACUGGAACAAUAGCAGGAUACACCACUGCUUUGAGAGUGAAGUGCGCUACAGAAUAAACAACGAAAAGUGGCAGAGUAUUUCUCCAAGGCUGGAACAGACUUAUUCUUUGCCUUUCCCCUCAACGAAUAACAAGUAUGAGUUUCAAGUAAGGACACGAAUGCAUAAUUCUUGUGGCGAGUCCAAGUUCUGGAGUGAUUGGAGUCGGAUCAUUCUCUGCAAUUCCAUGAAGGGAAAUAACAGCACAGACAUUCCUGUCAGCUCAAUGACUUUGUGGAAGCCAUUGGUGUCAUUUGUGGGUACCUUGCUACUGUUAAUGUUGGCCUGCAUGCUGAUCUAUGGGGAAAGAGAACGGCUGAGAUUUAUCUUCAUUCCCAUUGUGCCUAAUCCAGGCAAGAAUCUGAAGGACCUUCUUGACAGUGACAAUAAAGAGACAUGGCUUCAUGUCUCCAAAGAUGUUUGCUUCCAGCCCAACUUCACUGAGCGUGCCUGUUCUGUUCGUGAGUACACUCAGGUUCCUCAAGAUGGCAGCAUCAGCGAGUCUGAGAGCAACCUCUCCAUCUCAACUGACCAAUCAGAUUGCUUGUCCACAUGCUCCUCCUCAGUUUCCACUCUUCCUGCCACAAGUGAAAAUGAAAAGCCUGGCAUAGAAUGAGACCAUUUCAAUUACAUUUUAUUGUCUAGAAGUUAUCAAACCCUGACUCCGAUGUAUCAAAAUGAAGUUCAGCUGUGUAGCAGUGGGAAAAUGUUUAACUUGUUUAAAGGUAAAAUUGCUCAAUAAAAAAAUGCUUUUCUCAAAAACAUUUGAGAAACAUGCAUUUAGUAUUUUGUGCAUCCUCUCCUUGCCAAAAUAACAUCACUGAGUCUUCUCAUAGUGCUUGAUUAGGUGGGAAAACAUAAGUGACAUUAAUUCCUUUAAUCUUCUAUAUACUGUAGAUAACAAUGUAGUAACAAUGUAGUGUAGCUAUGAAGACUUGGUGUCCCCCAAGGUUCAAACAAUUUCUGCAAUUUUCCAACUGUGAUCAGUUGAGAAUGAUUUUACCUCACAUCCUUUUCUACCACUCAUACUUGCAUACUACUGUAUAUAUGCCAAAUUAAUAGGCAAAAAGAUUAGUAUGUCCCAAACCACAUUAUGGUGAAAAUAGUAUGCCAAAAGCACCUGGAUGGUCUACUAUUUCUGGUGGAUUUUGGAAGUAUGCAUCUGCAUACUUUUUAGGGUAUCCUAAAAUAGAAAACAACCUCUUGCUUAGUAAAAGAGAAGGGGUUUCCACAAUUCUCAAAUCUUUUCACUUAUUGAAAAACUCAGUUAUCAUCACCUAUAUUGAUAGUUAUUGUAUUAAUGUAAUUUACGUAUGAAGGAAAAAAUUAUCGUUAUAGUGCCAUGACAUGGCAGUGUGAAGUUCGUCUUCAGUCUCGCUAUAUGGGCUCAAUUAUUAUGACUAUUCCAAGUAGUAAGAUACCAGUAUUAUUGUUACAGAGCGGGCUUCCGCUCCACCUCCUCUUCGCCACUGUAGGACACUUUCACCAGAAUAUUAACUCAUCAUCCCAUCAUGCCGCUCACCUGGGACUGAUUGCACACACACCUGCAACUCAUCCACACUCAUCUAUAUAAACCCCGUUCCCUCUCAAGUCCAUUGCGAAGUAUUGCAUUGCCCCAGCGUACAAUUUCUGAGCAUUUUUCACUGUGUUUGCGGAACUGUUACCGACCUUGGAUUGUUUAUACCGACCUCUGAUUUUUCUGCUGCCUGUCUCGACCCGGAUUGUUCAUUGGACUGUGAUUCCUGCCGCCUGUUUCGACCCUUGCCUGUGAUCUACUUCUGCUCUGUGAUUUUCUCCGUUGUUCUGUCUGCCCCUGAUUUACCCUGCCUGUUGACUAUUCUAAAUAAAAGCUGCAAAUGGA